AUGGCUACGAUGAAUGCCGGAUCAGUCCCCUCUGCACGUCCCCCGCAUCCCACCCAGAACUUUGUGCCGACGCCAGCCAACGCGUCUGCGGUGGGGGAUUCACCAUCUACUCAGCAGAAGAGCCUCGUCACGCUGCUCGUUCUGCUCAUAGCCGUGCUGGCCAUGGUACCAGGCACUGUGCUGCAGGUCUUUCGCUUCCUCACCAUCAGCCUGCCAGCAUGGCUGUUCCACCUCUUCUCCAUGAGCUUGACCUUCACAAUGAACUUCACCACGCUGCUCCUGAUCGCUGUGGCUCUCGUGUCUACCGUCAGCUGGUUCGUUCGAUACCGGUUCCUCAAUGUCUACGCCAGGCUACCCCAAGAGUCGAGCCGCAAAGAGGCGCAGAUAGAUCUGUUCCCAGAUACGCAAGAUGGAGACAGCAAACCUGGACUAUCGAACUACCUAGACGAGUUCCUGAGUGCCAUCAAGGUCUUCGGCUACCUUGAGAGGCCAGUGUUUCAUGAGUUGACGAGGACCAUGCAGACGCGCAAGCUCAUGGCGGGUGAGACUCUGCUCCUCGAAGAAGAGAAAGGGUUUUGCAUGGUUGUGGAUGGACUUGUCCAGAUCUUUGUCAAGUCUCUGCAGGAUGAACGCACGGAAGGUGGACGGAAGAAGCCCCAAGACGAUGACGAGGGCUACCACGAAGGCAAUCAAGGCUAUCAGCUGCUUACAGAGGUCAAGAAUGGCGCUUCCAUGUCGUCGCUUUUCUCUAUUCUCUCCUUGUUCACGGAGGACAUUUCGCUGCGACGUGAGGACAGCGGCGAACAGGGCCGUCCAUACACGCCAGAUUCGGCUGUCCAGACUCCUGGCAAUACUGCUCCGUCUACGCCCGCUCUGCAGCAGGAGCAUAACCCCUUCCAUGAUGCUCAUGGUGCGGCUGCGCAGGCUCGCCUGUCGCGAGUCCCACCUCUUUCGCUUGAGCCUCCGUUCAACGACCAUAAAGCGCGCAGAGGGGCAUCUUCGCCUCAGAGUGCUCCUUCCGCACAUCCAGACAUCGUUGCUCGGGCACUAGUUGACACCACGAUUGCCAUUAUACCCGCGAGUGCCUUUCGUCGUUUGACCAAGGUUUAUCCGAAAGCGACUGCUCAUAUAGUGCAGGUCAUCCUCACACGCUUACAACGAGUAACUUUCUCGACAGCGCACCAGUACCUAGGACUGACGUCCGAGCUGCUUCAAAUCGAGAAGCUAAUGAACAAGUACACCAACUUCGAUCUUCCUGGUCAUCUGCGCGGUACCGCUCUAGACCGUCUACGUGACAAGUUCAGUAAGGAAAGGGAGCGACUCGGCGACGAAGACAUCACCCAAGGCAUCGCACUACACAAUCCGACAACGAGCCGGCGGCGCUCAUCAAGUAGCAUGAGGAAGGAAGCUGCACUCGCCGCCCGGGUUGCUGCCUCAAGACUGCCCACUAGCACCAAUGGCAGCCUGCCCGGCACCAUGGAUGACAAGGACAAGAUCAGCGCGGGAGAUCUCGCUUCAAAUGCGCAGGCAGCACGAACACCAGCUCGGCCUGGCAGCAUGAGUUUUGGGGACACGAAACUCCGCGACUUUACGGCUCCGGACACUUUCGAUAGAGCUACAAGUCCUCUGCAAGCCAGGGACCGGUCCACAUUUCGUCCAACGUUCGAAGGAUCGGUCCAGCGGCAAGAUGCUGCCAGCGAAGACGCCAUGUUCCGCGAGUCUAUAAUGCAGAGCAUGGUAAAGGCUCUCGGUUUAUCCGAAGCUGAUGGUCAGAACGGUCGGCGAGUACCAGCCUCGGUCGAGCAGUCACCAAGAAUGGUGUCAUUUGAUGCGAAGCGUCAGACCGCAGUCUUCAACAACGCAUUCGGCUUCAUUGACGCUCUUGAUGGCUCAGCUGAUGGCGACACUGAGUCAAUCACGGCGUCCUUGGCAAGUCUGAGCCAAGGCCGAAAUCUCAACGAUGAGUUGAUAGAUGAUGUCGAAGUCGUUUUCUUUCCGAAAGGGUCUGUGUUGGUAGAGCAGGGUGAACGUAAUCCUGGACUGUACUAUGUCAUAGACGGAUUUCUCGACGUCAGCAUACCCGUGGACGAGAAAGAAGAGCGAUCAGGACCGCGACCGCCGACCGUAUCAAAGUCUUCAAGAAAUGCUCCGCCGCAUCUGCGCAGGGCUCAGACUUCGACUUCUCGAAAGCCUUCAAUGCCCGGUUAUGCACGAGAGCCCAAGCAACAGGUACAGAAAUCCUUGUUCUUGGUCAAGCCCGGCGGUAUGGCAGGAUACGUUGGCACGUUGUCCUCGUACAGGUCCUUCACAGAUGUUACGGCGAAGACAGAUGUCUACGUUGGUUUUCUUCCGCGCUCAUCCAUUGAGCGAGUGAUCGAAAGAUUUCCACUCGUUCUCCUGACCAUGGCGAAACGAUUGACGAGCCUACUGCCACGUCUGAUUCUUCACAUCGACUUCGCGCUCGAGUGGGUCCAGGUCAACGCAGGACAAGUCAUUCAUCAUCAAGGCGACGAGAGCGACGCCAUAUACAUAGUUCUCAACGGUCGUCUCCGAGCGGUCAAGGAUACUCCAGAGGGAGGCAUGCGAGUAUAUGGCGAGUACGGUCAAGGAGAAAGUAUUGGUGAACUAGAAGUCAUGACUGAAGAGACUCGGCCCGCGACACUACAUGCCAUUCGCGACACAGAGCUAGCCAAACUUCCCAAGACCCUGUUCAACAGCCUUGCUCAGGAGCACCCGUCAAUCACAAUCCAGAUCUCGAAGCUUAUUGCGCAACGAAUGAGGGCACUUGUCGAAGAGAUGGGAAAUGAGCGUAGUCAAGAGAAGAAACGAGCUGCGCUCGGCGACUCGUCGACCUCGACUAUGAACCUCCGAACCAUUACGAUCCUGCCUGUCACAGCUGGAGUACCUGUCACCGACUUCGGGAACCGAUUGCUCGCAGCGUUCAGCCAGGUCAGCGUGGCUGGAGGCGUGACUUUGUUGAAUCAAAGCAUUGUCUUGAAUCAUUUGGGUCGCCACGCCUUCAGCCGUAUGGGCCGACUCAAGCUGACGCAGUAUCUCGCCGACCUUGAAGAGCGCUAUGGCAUGUUUCUGUUAGGAAUGAAGACCACAUCCCGCAAGGAGCUUGUCUUGCUGCAUCUUGAGCGAUACUCCCCGCCAGGCCUGACGCGCAGAUGGUUGCGCAAUCGCGUUUGGAUUAAUGGCGACCAUCAUCACAUUCAAAUGGCGUUUCGAACGACAGCCGAAGCGACACCUCACUCACAGCCACGUCGCUUCGGCAACGCCAUCAAGCAUCGCGUGCAGGUCCUGCAGGCUGAGAUCCAGAAAUACACAUCGCGGCGUAUACGGCAGACGCCACUCUACAGCACCGAGACGCCGUUCAAGGGUGACCUGCACCGUCUGGCACGCCGGCUAUGCGGACGCUCCGUCGGCCUCGUCCUGGGCGGUGGCGGCGCACGUGGAAUUGCACACGUAGGCAUCAUUCGUGCCUUGGAAGAAGCAGGCAUCCCAAUCGACAUCAUCGGUGGCACAUCGAUUGGCGCUUUUAUAGGCGCACUGUAUGCACGAGACGCCGACGUGGUUCCUAUGUUUGGCCGCGCCAAGAAGUUCGCAGGUCGGAUGGGCAGUAUGUGGCGAUUCGCCUUGGAUUUGACCUAUCCGACUGCUAGCUAUACUACAGGGCACGAGUUCAACAGAGGCAUAUUCAAAACCUUCGGAGAGUCCCAGAUCGAAGACUUCUGGCUGAGCUUCUAUUGCAACACGACUAAUAUCAGCAAGUCGCGGCCUGAAAUCCAUACUAGCGGCUAUGCCUGGCGGUAUGUCCGCGCAAGCAUGUCACUCGCAGGAUUAAUUCCACCAAUGUGCGACGAGGGCGCCAUGUUGCUCGACGGUGGGUACAUUGACAACCUCACCGUUGCACACAUGAAGUCGCUCGGCGCUGAUUUGGUCUUCGCUGUGGAUGUCGGCAGCUUGGACGACGACACACCGCAACAGUUCGGUGACAGCCUGUCAGGCUUCUGGAUGCUACUGAAUCGAUGGAACCCUUUCAGUAGCGUGCCGAACCCGCCGAGCCUGUCAGAUAUCCAGGCAAGGCUUGCCUACGUUUCGAGUGUGGACGCGCUUGAGAGAGCAAAGAACACGCCUGGUGUGCUGUACAUGCGGCCACCAGUCGAUGCCUAUGGAACGCUGGAUUUUGGAAAAUUUGACGAGAUUUGCGAACUGGGCUAUCAGUAUGGCAGGGAGUUUCUGGGCAGGCUGAAGAACGAAGGUGAGCUACCCAGGGGCUGGGGUGGCGAGAAGGGCUGGGGAGAAGAUGAAAGUGAGGAGGGCAGAGGUCUAAGGCGGACGAUGGCGCCCAGAAGAGCCAGCAUAUGA